CAAAAAAUCUGAUUUCUUUUUGGUUUUUUAAACUUCAUUCCCUUCUUCAUUUUCUGUACUAUUGUCUCUCCCUGUUUUGGUAAACCACUUUGGUUGCCAGAACAAAAAAGUCAUCCUUACUCCAGGCAGGUAGAAAACACAGAGAAAACCAACAACUACCCAUCUCUCAAAAUCAGUUCCUUUUCCCUCUCCUCCCUUUAAUUCUCUGUUUGCGACCCGAGAAAGUGAAGGGCAGAUAAAUGAAGAGGUCCCCUGUUUCAUCCUCCUGCACUUCUUCCCCUUCCUCCUCUUCUUCUUCUUCCUCUGAUAUGAUUCUCAUUCAAGCUGAAAAACCCAAACCCAAACCCAAAAGAGCCAGGAAAAUCCCCAACGCCAAUAACCCAACUUCUGGAAAAAGAAGCUCAAUGUACAGGGGAGUCACCAGACAUAGAUGGACUGGGAGGUUUGAGGCUCAUCUCUGGGACAAGACUUCCUGGAAUAACAUUCAGAACAAGAAGGGUCGACAAGUUUAUUUGGGGGCAUAUGACAGUGAGGAGGCAGCUGCUCGGACCUAUGAUCUUGCUGCUCUCAAGUACUGGGGGCCCGCAACAACAUUGAAUUUUCCGAUAGAGUUGUAUACUAAAGAACUCGAGGAGAUGGAGAAGGUGUCCAAGGAAGAGUAUUUGGCAUCAUUGAGGCGGCAGAGCAGUGGAUUUUCUAGAGGAGUUUCAAAGUACCGAGGGGUGGCUAGGCAUCACCACAAUGGGAGAUGGGAAGCACGAAUUGGUAGAGUGUUUGGGAACAAGUAUCUAUAUCUUGGAACUUUUGAUACACAAGAGGAAGCAGCAGCAGCAUAUGAUAUGGCAGCAUUAGAGUACAGAGGAGCUAAUGCGGUGACUAAUUUUGACGUUAGUCAUUACAUUGAACGCUUGAGGAAGAAAGGCAUUAUAAUCGAUGUAGACCAAACCCCAACCCCAAAACAACCUCAACAUUGCACCACAAAAUCCAAAGACGUAGAUGUGGAAGUUGAGGUAGAACAACCACGACAAGAACAAGAACCACAACAGGUAGCAGCACAAAAUCAACUUCACCAUGCAGAUCAGGAACGACCUCCAUGCGUGGAUGAUACUCCAAUGAUCAUCAUGGAUCCAAUGGACGAUCAAGAUCUUCAAUGGAACUUUAGCAUGGACAUUGGAUUCAACCCAUACCCAGUCCCUGACUUUCCCCUCGGGCAAAGAGGGGAAUUUCCGGAUUUGAUUAGUUGCAUUGGUACUUUUGAGGAUAACAUUGACUUCAUAUUUGACGAUAUGUUUGCCAAUGACAAUGGGGUCAUGUCUGAAAUUGCGCCAACUCCAAGUAAUGUCCAUGUGGAGGUUGGUGCGUCGGGGAACAUGGAGGAUGAUAACAGAAGGCUUGAGGGUUCUGACUCACCGUCUUCAACUACAACCUCGGUGUCGUGUGACUAUUCUGUUUAAUGGUUGGGACAUUUGAGAGAGAUUGUUGGGAUCUGUUGUGGGUGGUUGGGCUUGAUUGGAAAAGGUUCAAAAUGCCGUUGCCUUUUAAUUUUCUUUAAUUCAAUAGAAAAGGGGAUAAGAAGGGAAGGGAUAGUGGCUGCAGGCUUGUGAUUUGGAAAUUUUUGAAUAUUUUAUUUUUUUAAAUUUGUUGAUAGGAAGAGUGGUUUCCAGAAAUAAAGAGAAAAAGAAUUA